AUGUCCAAGUCUCGCCGUAAUGUUCGGUUCCAACGCCGGUCGAACGGUGAGCGGCGGCUGAGCGUGUCAUCCGACGUCAGCGACGCACCCUCAGAGCCAUCCAGCCCCAGCAGAAAUGGUGCUGUCUCAAAACCGAGCACAAUCGAAGAGGAGAAGCCGCCACUGUCCGAGUAUGAGAAGAAGAAGCAGACCUUCAUUACCCGCACGAUAUGGACUUUCGUCAUGAUCGCGGGUUUCUUCGUCGCCCUGUUCUCCGGUCACAUCUAUAUCAUUGGUCUGGUCACUGCGAUCCAGAUCGUCUCUUUCAAGGAAGUUAUCGCCAUCGCCAAUGUCCCCAGCAAGGAGAAGAAUCUCCGCUUCACCAAGUCCCUGAACUGGUAUUUUCUCGCGACAACCAUGUAUUUCCUGUAUGGAGAGAGCGUCAUCUAUUAUUUCAAGCACAUCCUGCUGGUUGAUAAAGUUCUUCUUCCCCUCGCCACGCAUCACCGAUUCAUCAGCUUUACCCUCUACGUCAUGGGUUUCGUUUUCUUCGUUGGCUCGCUGCAGAAGGGCCACUAUCGUUUUCAGUUUACCCAGUUUGCUUGGACUCACAUGGCCCUGUACCUCAUCGUCGUCCAGGCCCACUUUGUUAUGAACAACAUCUUUGAGGGAAUGAUCUGGUUCUUCCUCCCCGCUUCCUUGGUCAUCACCAACGACAUCUUCGCCUAUGUUUGUGGCAUCACCUUCGGACGCACCCAACUGAUCCAAUUGUCUCCCAAGAAGACUGUCGAGGGCUUCAUUGGAGCGUGGAUUUGCACCGUCAUUUUCGGAUACUUCAUGACUAAUAUGCUGAUGCGGUAUAAGUACUUCAUUUGCCCGGUCAAUGAUCUUGGCGCAAAUGUCUUGACUGGUCUGGAGUGUGAUCCAAACCCAGCUUUCGUUCCUCAGCCAUACUCGCUCGCGCUUUUUGGAAUCGACAAGACCUUCUACGUUGAGCCCAUGCAGUUCCAUAUUCUGGGCUUCGCUACCUUCGCCUCUCUCAUUGCCCCCUUCGGUGGAUUUUUUGCUUCCGGUCUGAAGCGUACCUUUAAGAUCAAGGACUUCGGCGAGUCGAUUCCCGGCCAUGGCGGUAUCACCGACCGUAUGGACUGUCAGUUUAUAAUGGGAUUCUUCUCCUUUAUGUACUUCCACAGCUUCAUUGCCAUCUAUAAGGCGAGCGUUGGAGACAUAAUCGAGACUGCUAUCAACGGAUUGACCGUCGAUGAGCAGCUCGAGGUUGUCCGUGGUCUCGGCAAGUAUUUGUACAACCAGGGCGCUGUUUCCGAAACGAUUUUGGACUGUCUUACCUCCGAGCUCAAACGUCGGUGA